AAUAUAGGCAGUUCUCUUGUAGUCUUCUGGGCAGAAGCUCUGGUUUUGCCUAAGGAGUGCUAGUACUGCACUUGCUUUACAAAACGUGUUGUCAACAUGUGGCUCUAACUCCAUAUCUUGGGUAACUCCGAGGUAAGGAUGCUCUGGUACAUGCUUUACGAUCUGACCUAGCAGCGCGUAGAAAUGGGUUGACUUCGUGUUGACACUUUAUAUGUUGCAUUUACUUGUGCUAAACAUCAUGCCCCAUGUUUCAGACCACUCAUCUAGUUUGUUGAGGUCAUCUUGGAGUAUCUGGUGAUCUUAUCAGCCGGUAUAAAAGGCAAUCAUCAGCAAAUAAGCGUACUUGCGACUUGACGUAGGGUGGAAGGUCAUCAAUAUGGCAGAGGAAGAGAAAAGGCCUGAGGACGGUGCCCUGCGGCAUGCCUGAUGUGACAGGUACUGCUGUACAUGUAGGUCGAUGUCCGUCCACUACAUUCAACAUUUCUCUAGUGGUGAGAAAUGUUUGCAGCCAUUGAUGUAGACGACAUUUGUUCCCGUAGCUGGCUAGUUUGUGGAGCAACUUGUUGUGAGGGACUGUAUCAAAGGCCUUUGAAAAAUUGAGAAUCAAUGGCCACAUCAAUUUGCCACCUGUCAUAUGCUGAUACGAGAUCAUGAACAGUCAUGAUAAGUUGAGUUAUGGUUGAGUGACCCGAUCUGAACCCAUGAUUUAGAGAUUCAUAAUGCCACCUAUACCAGAGGCUGCCCGUAUAGGAGAGCCAAUUCAGAUCAUUACCACCAAUACUGAAAGUGAUGACCAUUCCUUUGAAUUAAACUUUGAAGCCUUGGAAAAGCUUCUUCUUGAUGAGAAUGUUCGAGAUAAGAAGGUGUGUGUCGUCUCAGUCGCUGGAGCUUUCAGGAAAGGGAAGUCGUUCCUCCUUGAUUUCAUGCUCAGAUACCUAAACAACCAGGGAUCAAGUGAUUGGCUAGGACCAGGAGACCAACCAUUAGCUGGGUUUUCAUGGAGAGGAGGUUCUGAGAGAGAGACUACAGGGAUCUGGGCUUGGAGUAAAGUAUUCUUGUGUCCUGGUCCUAAUGGUGAAGAGGUUGCAGUGAUUUUAAUGGACACACAAGGAGCCUUUGAUUCUGAAUCAACAGUCAGAGAUUGUGCUACAGUGUUUGCUCUAAGUACCAUGACCAGUUCUGUUCAGGUUUAUAACUUGAGUCAAAAUAUCCAGGAGGAUGAUCUACAUCAUUUACAAUUGUUUACUGAGUAUGGAAGACUAGCCAUGGAGGAAGAGAAUCCUCAAGCGAAACCAUUCCAGUCCCUGAUGUUCCUGGUUCGUGAUUGGAGCUACCCAUAUGAAUAUGCCUUUGGGGAAAGUGGAGGUUCCAAAUUACUUGACAAGAAAUUACAUCAAUCAGCCAAGCAUAAAGAGUUACAAGAUGUUAGACGUCAUAUUUCCAGCUGCUUCAAGAGACUUGGCUGUUUCUUAAUGCCCCAUCCUGGUUUAGCUGUAGCUACCAAUCCAAAGUUUGAUGGUAGAUUAGCAGACAUCAGUGAAGAAUUCAAGACCCAACUGCAGGAAUUAGCCCCUCUUCUUCUAUCAAAAGACAAUCUGAUCGUCAAGGAGAUCAACGGAACUAAGGUUACAUGUCGAGCGCUUCUAGAAUACUUCAAGGCUUAUAUCAAUAUCUAUCAAGGGGAUGAAUUGCCUGAACCCAAGACUAUGUUACAGGCGACUGCUGAGGCUAAUAACUUGGCUGCAGUAGCAAGUGCAAAGGACAAAUACACAAAGGAUAUGGAACAGGUGUGCGGAGGUGACAAGCCAUACCUGAGCCCCGAUGAACUUGAGAAGAAACACAUUCAAAUCAAGGAAGAGGCCGUUAAUCAGUUCAAAGAAGUACGCAAGAUGGGAGGGACAGAGUACAGUAAGGAGUAUGAGGAUCGUCUGUUAGCUGAAAUGGAAGAGUCUUAUGAACAGUACAUCAAACACAACGAUAGCAAGAACCUGUUCAAUGUAGCACGAACCCCUAUCACCCUAGUAACCACCAUUCUUGCUAUGUAUAUCCUAUCAGGAUUAUUUGGACUUAUAGGCAUCUACUCCUUGUCAAAUCUCGCCAACAUGCUGCUAGGUUUUGCCAUCUUUCUCCUCUGUACGUGGAGUUAUGUCCGUUAUAGUGGCCAGUGGGUUGAAGUUGGAACUUGGAUUGAUACCGGAACAGAAUUUGUUUGGAUUUAUGUGUAUGGCCCCCUAUACAAAUAUGUAACAGCUAAUAAAGCAAGUACCAAACCAAGAGGAACUCAAGCCGAGAAAAAGACCAAAUAAAACUUUCAACAAGCCAUAUGCUCUUUCUUUAAACACUCUUCUGUUUGGAUGUUCAAAUCAGCUUUGCUCCUCAAGGAAAUGACAGCAACUUAUUACUUUACACUAUGUUGAUGCAUCACUUAAAAGCUGAAGGAAUGUGACACUGUCUUCAUGAUAAUGAUGACAGAUAUACAAUGAAAUGACUAGAUUGGAACAUAUUAGGUGGAUAUGAAAGUACUUGGAUCACUACUGAAUGAUUGUGGAACAUGUGGGACUACAACAUCAGAAGUGAAGGAGAUGACAGUACUUGGGUGAUACACCGAUAUGAUAAUCAAGGACUGAACUGAAUUAAUUGCUUCUCCAUGAAUAUAUGUAUGGAUGGUGCAACGUCAAUGGAUCUUUUCAGUGCGUUAUUAACAACAUGUCUGUGAUUACAAGACUAAUCCAUGAACAUAUGUGCUUGUGACCUUACUAUGACUUCUCAAUUUGCAAUAUCUGGGAGAUGACAAGUUUGAUACAGCAAGCAACUGAAAUUAAAAGUUAUGAGUGGAUAGUUCUCUAUUUGUUUGCUGCUGAAAAAAUACCAAAUGUCAUUUUGUGUUGUUUGUGUACUUUCUGUGCUUUUGUUUUAUUUUUGAUCAAGUCAAUAAUUAAUUGACUUUGCAUCUCACCAUUUCAAAUGCAAUUAUUAGGAAUAGAAUAUGAAAUUAAUGAAAGGUAUAAAAACAAAUUCACAUUGACUGCAACAUUUGAUUUUAGAUAAUUUCUAGUCGAGGUAACAAUGAUUCAUGUCUAUGAAUGUCACUCAAUAUUGAUGAAAAUAAAGUCAUAAUUUAUUUCUUUAUUAUCAUGCAUCAGCAAUGAUUUCUGAAAGAUGCAACUGUUGUAACUGCUUGCACAUUCAUUCUGAGAACUUUGCACAAAAUGCACAUGAAUGAUGUAGGACCUCGAUGUUGUAAGAAAAUUUGAUUUUUUUUUGUAAUUUUCCCUAUUUGAAUCACAUCCUUCCAACCUCUGCAAACUUGCUUUGCCUAGUGAAAACUGAGGAAUACAAAGAAACAAAUAGUUUAAAGGGAUUGAAUGAAUAACUGAUCAAUAAUAGCAUAAUGUGAUCAUUGAAUGUAGUAAUCUUAAGCUGCCAUUCAUCUCCAGUCAAUGUACAAUUAUCCAGACCAGUGUAGUAUUACAACUACAAUUUAUAUUAUUUCCAAGAUUUUCAUUGGGCAAGUAUAGCCAUCAUUUGCAUUGAUAUGUUUGAUAAUAUAUUACCUCUUGAGCAUAGAUAUAUACUUAAUAAUAUCUGUAUGAAUUAUUCAGAAAAGAGAUUAUUUCCUCUUUCCCCUGCCCCCAUAGCAAAAUGCAUGAGUAUUCAUUCUGGAAUCAGGGAUAAAGCCAGUGGUUUGUUAGAUUUCAUAAAGUUUGGAAUUUGAUACGGAAUAUGAUGAUGACAAGUCUACUUAUGGUACCCAAUGAUUACUUGACCCGGUUAUAUAUUAUGCAGAUGUCAGUGUCGUGGAUAUGGUGUAUUGAUUUCUUUCUUUAACUUUCGUUCAAAUAUUUUAGUCAAGAUAGUUUUAUUUUCAAAAUUAGUUUAAAGUUUUUUCAUUUUCUUCAGGAUAAAUUGAAGGAUAAGUUUCAUGCAAUAUCCUGAAUUCUAGCUUGAUGAUAUUUUGUCUUGAAGGUCUCAGUUUACUAAAAUUUGUGUGUACAUAGAUCACGCCAUGGAAAUUAGAGAAUCAGACCACAUUCUUCAUUCACAUUUUCAUAGUGCAUAGGAAAUAACAGGGUGAUGGGUGACUUUACUCUUUGCUAGCCCCUAACAAAAAUAAAAGAAUUGCCCCAAGACUGAAAAAGAAAGGGGCUAUUUCAAAUAAUCACUGAAUUUCAAUCCUGUAAGGUACUCAAGUGGAAAGGGGGAUAUAUUUUAAACUGACAAAGUUCAACUUACAUGACUUUACAAAGAAACUGUACUACUGGAAAUGAAAGAGAAUCUUUGUUGUGUUUUAUUAAUCUUAAGAUGAUACAUUCCUUAGAUAAUGUAAAUCAAUUUUUAUCAUUACCUGGUCUACAUAUAUAGUUAAUAAUUUAAAAUAUGAUUCAUUCCUUCGAGAGGUUAACAAUCUUUAAAAUCUCAUUUAAUAAUCUGUUUGAGUUGAUUAAACACCACUGGGUCCUUUUUAAUGCUUUUGAGUUUGGCAAAUAUUUAUUUUUGAUUGAUCCUUAUUAGUAUGAAAAAUCACAUUUAAAUGAAUCUUUAUUGUAAACCAUUCUCAUUAUCAUCCAAGUAGCUUUCUUCUUUCAUUUAGAUCUCAAUAUUACAUUAAAAACAAAUGUUUAAAAUAUUCAUUUAUGCCUAUUGAAAAUGACUCCCAUCAGCUCUCUUUUCAUAUUAAAGAUAUCUAUUUAAAAAAAUUGGUCAAAUGAAGACCUUUUUUAUUUUUGGGAGUGAAUUCACACUGUAUGCUAUGUCAAUAUUACUUAUUUUAUCAGUCUAAUAUAUUUGGUUACGGUGUUGCAAUAAAAUUGCAUGUCAUGAAUGUGAAAAUAUAUAUGGUCUAGAAAGUGUGAUCAAUCGAACAGAUCACUAAACAUAUUAUGGAAGAAAGCAAGAAUCAUAUAUACUGAACAAAUUGUGUGUUUUUUUCUUGCCAACCAGUGCUAUGAUUAAAAAUGUCAAUGACUGGAUAUCUGCAUUCAGACAAAGAUUUUUUUUUUUUACUGCAGCUCAGGAUUUGUCAUCAUUGUUGCUUUUGUGGAGAUGUUUACAGUAUUUUUGGCUGUGAAUAGCUUCAAUAUUGAAAGAUCAUUAUUUUGGGAUAGUUCUUCACCUUUCUCUCUAUAUAAUUCCCCUUCAUGCCCCAUUUUUCCAACCUUACAUGAGCAGAUCUUGUGAAAGAGCAAUAUGAAUCACUACUUUAUUGAAUGUAACAUUUGGUCUUUGUGUGUAAAAUACAUCAUUAAUCGAUAUAGUACAAGAUAGUAUAAACAGUGAAAACCUGUGUGUUGAGACAUUGAUGCAGAAAUACAUGUGUGUCAGUGUGUAAUACCUCGGUCACAUUUGCUCUACGGCGGCCUGCAGCGAGUCGAAAACAGCUGUUUUAUUCAAACCACCUACAGUAUAGCUGGUACAAAAACAUGUUAAAACGGCUGUUUUCGACUCGCAGUAUGGCCACCGUAAAGUAAAUGUGACCGAGGUAUUCGACAUUGGUAUACAAAUGGCACCAAUGUCAAUGCUUUUAAGACACUAGUGUUCAGUGGCACCUGUGUAUACCGGUACUAAUAUUGGUGUACAAUGACAUGUGUGAAGACCACACGAAGGAGGUAUGUGGACAUAAUCAUUAAUGUAUGCUCUUGAUUCAAUAAGAAAUUGUAUUCAAGGAUCACUUAGCCAGGUUUUCAUGUACAUGUGCUUCUAUUCUAAGUGGAGUUCAGCAGCUAUGGAUAUGUGGGUGAAAUCUAUACUUUUCAGAUGGAUGUAAACCAACUUGCCCAACUUCACCUUUGUAUUCCUUCUAAUCAUUAGGACCCAGUUUCAUACAUCAUGUCAUUGAUAGCAGAUGCUAGAAAUUCACCUGCCCCUGUCCAGUCAAAUUAUAUUAGUUUCAGUAGCUGUUAGCAAUGACUUGUAACUAAUGAGGUCUAUUACACUGGGCCAGUAUUUAUAUAAUUACAAAUAAUUGAUAACUGAUUUGUAAUUUACCCAUACACUUGUGGUGUGGAGAUUCAAGCUUGAAACGUAUUGGGGGGGGGGGGGUUGAUGUACUGUGUCAUUCUCCCCCCCCCCCCAUUUGAAUAGAGUGAUUUCAUGAAUUUCUACUCUUGAACCCAUGACUUUCACACAUUAUCUUGAUGGUAAAAGGUUACCCACUGCAAGAAUGUAAUAUAGAAAAAAGUACAAUUUGGUGUCAUUCAUUUUUUAAUGAAAUCCUUUCUACUGCACUUUAUACAUGUGACUUUCCACAUUCAGUUUUGUACCAGUGAUGAAACAGAUUAUAUACAAGUCGGUCACUUCUCCAUAUUAAGCAUCCCAUUUUCUGUCUGAAAAUGAUUUAUACUUUUUCCUUAAAAAAAAAAAACCCAUUAAUUUUAUGACACAUUCCAUAGAGGGCUAAUGUUGGAAACAAUUGUGUUUGUUUGUUUGUAGUAAUAAUGAUUUUUCAGAGCAUAUUUUAAUGCUUAGCCAAAACUGAAAAAAAAUGAAUUUAUAACUUGUAGAAGUGCAUCAAAAAUGGUAAUAAUAAUGUUGCCCCAAUUCUAUAAAUAUACUGUUACUUACAUGAUGUGGGUGUAUUAAAAAAUAUAUAUGUUUAAUAUGCUAUAUGUUGUCAUUGAUGUGACUUUAUAAUAAGAUUAUAUGGAUGAAGUGGGGGGAAAACAGUUCAUAAAACUUUAUCAUGAACAUUUGGAUGUGGAGUAUAAAAAUGUCAAUUGGUCAUUGUUUUAUUAUGAAGCUUUCAAUCAACUAAAAACAAACCUGAAUUCAUUGUCUAUGAAUAAUAAACCAUUACAAAUUCAAA